CCUCUGCCGCUGCUUCUCCUUCUUGAUGAUGCUGUGCACCUUUGGGAGAGGACAGAAAUGGCUUCAGCCAUGCUGGCUCUGCACAGAGAUGUGGAUGCUCCACCACAGGGACAGGGCUUGGAGAGGAGCCUGGAAAGGUGCUGGAGACGUGAUCCCUUCUUGGUGCAGCUGAUCCCGACCAGUCACAGAGAGGGCACAGAGGAUGGAUGGGUUCCAGCAGCUCAGCCUUGGACCCUGCCACGUCCUUGGCUUGACAAGGUCUUGGCUUGCGAGCGAUGGAUAGCACCUCUUCUUCCCCUUCCCCCUUCUCUGCCAGCUGCCCCACGGAGCAGCCUGAGAAUGCCACUGACCAUGGCUACUACUCUGGGCUGCAGAAGACCAUGCACAUCCUCUCCAUGGUGGUGUACAGCAUCGCCUGUUUGCUGGGGGUGACAGGGAACGGCCUCGUCAUUUGGAUUGCAGGCUUCAAGAUGAAGAAGACGGUGAAUUCCAUCUGGUUCCUCAACCUGGCCAUAGCUGACUUCAUCUUUACCUUUUUCCUGCCCCUCAGCAUCGCCUACACCGCCCUGGGCUUCCACUGGCCGUUUGGGAAGCUCCUGUGCAAGCUGAACAGCACCAUCGCCUUCCUCAACAUGUUUGCCAGCGUCUUCCUCCUGACGGUCAUCAGCAUCGACCGCUGCGUUUCUGUGGCCUUUCCCGUCUGGUCUCACAACCGCAGGAGCCCGGAGCUGGCGGCCAGGAUCGCGCUGGGGACCUGGGUCCUGGCUGUCCUGCUCAGCUCCCCGUACCUCGUCUUUCGGGACACUGUGGUCAGCUCCAGGAACGUCACCAGCUGUUACAACAAUUUCGCGCUGUCCGAUGACCACACGUCGGAGGCAACGCGCAGGCUGUGGAGGAUGCGGCACAAAGCGAUGAUCAUCACGCGAUUCCUUUGUGGGUUCCUCAUCCCCUUCAUGGUGAUUCUCAUCUGCUACAGCGUCGUGGCUGUCAAGCUGAAAAGGAGGCAGUUGGCCAACUCUGCAAAGCCCUACAGAAUCAUCAUUGCUGUCACAGUCUCGUUUUUCCUCUGUUAUUUCCCCUAUCACGUCUUCUCCUUGCUGGAAAUAUCCAAAAACUCUUCCAGCCAUGAGAUGAAACUGGCCCUUUACAUAGGGAUCCCCUUGGUUUCCAGCCUUGCUUUCUUCAACAGCUGCAUCAACCCCAUCCUGUAUGUGUUUGUGGGGCCGGAUUUCAAGGAGAAGUUUCGCCAGUCCAUCCUGUCGACCUUCGAAGGGGCCUUCAGCGAGGAGUCGGUCCUGGGCAGCCUGACCAGCCGGCGCAAGUCCAGGUCUGCUUCGGAAGUGGAGGUCCCGAGGGUCUGAGCAGGUGCUGGUGUGGAAGGGGCCGUUCUUUUCUCUGCAUUUUCCCUCAUUUCAGAGCUCAUGGGACUGGGGACUGCAAAGGGCUGCACAUGCUAGCGAGGUGUGAGUCAUGUUUUGGAGGUAUCUCAAAUAUGCUAUGAUUUAACCCACAAAGGGGAUGGAAGAACUCUCUGGAGCUGCAGCAAGGUGGGUCAGAGUAGCAGCAUUUUACUCCUUGUGCCUUUUGACUCUUGUGUGUGGAGCCUUUAUUUAAAGAGGGUUAAGUACAAUGGCUGUAUGUAUUUUUGUAGGGAACAGUGAGUAAGACACUCUUUUCUCUCCUCAGACAGGACAAAUCAGUGGUUGUGCUGCUGUUACUCAGAUUUGAUGUAUUUCUGAGCAAUGCUAGUCUCUGUGUUUGACAUGUUCCCAGCCCUUAAAUAGGGCAGAUCUGAUACUUUGUGCUGUUGGUGAAUGAAUAUUAACCCCCAAUAAACUUGUGUAAAACAUA